UGUGGUGGGAUAUCUGGUUGACAUGGAUCAAAGAGCCUGUUUCCAUGCUGUACGUCUCUCUGACUCUAUGUCUUUAUAUACUAUUGUUCAAUAAAAAUGAACGUGUUUAAUCAUUUGAAAACUUUCCACUUUGUGCUACUCCCACAUUAAACAAUGAAGAGAUGUUAGGCUGCAUUAGGUCAUGUUUUUAUAUGUCGAUCUAAAACCAAUUGUCUAUUGCAGAAUAUGCCUGGUCUGGUACCAAGAAUGCAUUGCAGAAAGCUAUGUCUCAGCCAGAUGAGAAAACCGAGCUUAUUACACCUAAAAAGUUAAAUAAUCCUAUGAAAGAUUCUAAGAGUUAUCGAGAUCUCCAUCGCGAAUUAAUAUUUAUUCAAAAGAGAGGUGUUGUUCUACAAAAUAAACCUGAACUACAACAGGUGAUGGAACAACGAAAAUGUAACUUACCGAGAGAGCAGGAAAAAGCGAAGCAAACAAAAACAGAUUUUGAGGAGGAGCUAAAGAAAAGAUAUCAGAAACUGGAGCAGUAUGAACAGGAACAAAAAUUGGAAGGAAACGAGAAUGUGCCAGAGUUUAUCAAAGUCAAAGAAACCUUGAGGAGAACAAUUAUAACAGAUGCUGCAUAAGAUGGCAUGUCUUAUCCAAGAGCUAUUGUAUUUAUCAACGUGUUUUGUACGUCUUCAAAACUUGAACCAAUCAAUACACCGAUUAAAAAUAUUGAACUUGUAAUUUUCAAUAAUGAAUUAAUUGAUUUAUAUCAAUUCUGUUGAAAGCACCCUAUUGGUCUUUCAGUUGAAAAUCAUUUGACCACACCUUCAGUUCUGUCAAUUCUUUCAUCACAUUUGACUGCUCUUUUCAGUAAAGUCUAUCACACUUCUCAAUCAGUAAUUUUUUGUCAUAUAAUUGUGUAUUAAAUAUUUUUAAGAUGAUAUGCUAAUAUGUUCAGAUGUGACAGUCAUGAAAGCAAUUGAUACAGAUUAUGUAAACCUUUAUUUUAUUCCUUGUCCUAACACUCUGAUGAUUUAAUAAUUAUUUGUGAUGAUAAUUUGACAAAAGUGGCUUUACCGAAACAACAUUGACUUAGAAUUUUGAUGAAACAUUAUUUGAAUUAAAAAAGAAAGCUUGAAAAUCACCUUUCACAAAUGAGAAAGAAUUGUUAUAUGAGCUGUUUUCAGUAUUAUCCCCAAUAACUUACAUUCUAACCUAAAAUUAUUUAAUAAUAGGUAAACUGUAGCUAAGGGUUGGUAGACCAGAUAACUAUAUAGGAUUAAGUUUUAUAGAAUCUUCUCUGAAAUGAACUUGAAUGGUUUUAAUCCUAUUCCUAAUGGCACAAUGUUAAUUUGUAGUAAACUACCAAUAUUAUUCUUUGGCCACACGAUUGCUCGGAACAGAAGGAUGCAUAAAAUGCAAAGUGUUUCAAGAUUAGGGAUAAAGUACAUUUCUGAGGUGGAAUAAAUGGAGCUUUAAGUACAUCUAACAUUUCAAUACACCUACUUAACCCUUGUGUUAUCUGAUACUAAUACUGAGUGCCUUAACGAAAAGUGUUAAUUUCACUCCUUGGUGAAUGCAAAAUUCAUCCAAUGAAUAUUUAUCACCACUAAUAUUGUUUUGUUGCUUGUAGAUUUUAGAAUAACAAGUCAAAUGAUUUGACCUCAGUUGGAUUGUUAAAUACCUGGAAUAUGUAUGGAGCUAUUCAUUACUCUGUAUGUGCAUAAUUAGUUAAAAUCUUAACAAGAAAUAAUUAUGCUUAAGAUUGUGAUCCAUGUUUGAUUAAAGUAUCAUUUGUAUCUUUGCAUGCAGGUCUUUGGAUUAGGCAGGAUAACCUAAUGUGGUGUACUUUUAGAUUUGUUUCACUUACUUUGCACUGUAAUUCAUUUUUUAAAAAAAGUUAUGUGCAAAGGCAGGUAUUUAAAAUUUAUAAACCACUUGAAUUCUUGAACUCAAUUCCUGCCCAUGCCCCACAGUUAGACAAACUAAUUUGCUAACUUAUGCUAUGAUUUGCUUCUUUUUUUGAACAAGCAACAAUUUCAAAUCACAAUAGAUAUCUGAAAUCAGAUCUGGUAGAAAUAUCGAUCAAAAAAAAGACAAGCAGCCUCCUUCCCACAAGUAAUUCUGAAGAAAUUACAAGAACCAUUCUUGUGGUGUACCAUCUCAUCUCUUAAUGACUUUGCAUUCAAUAUCUUUGCACAGAAAAAUACCUUCUCUCCUUCAAAGAGUUAUUGUGCCUCCAAAUUAAGAAAACUACUGACUUUUAAUGAAAGGGAAUAUCCAUUUCUAAUGUCAUGGCCACAACUACACUUUAAUACAAAGGAAAAAGAAAAUCAAAAGAAAUCUGUUGUCCUGACAUUAGUAGGGACAAAAGAUAAAAACAACUGCACUUUAAAGAGGAAGACAGUCAAAGGUACUGAUCACAUGGUCAGAGAGAGAAAUCUAUACUGAAUAUGCACAGUUACUGCAUUUACUGUUUGAGUUGAAGUAUCUCUGGAUAUCAGAGUGCGUUGAGAAAAAAAUUAACAAAUAUCAAAAUUCACAGCUGACCUUGGAGAAACCUGUGUAGGAGAGCUCACAGCACAGGAACAGAUAAGUGCAGAGUUUUUUAAGUGUAGCCUUGCUGUAAAUGUACAAUAGUGAGUGGAGUGGGUUCUUUCAUGAUUACAUAUUUUAUUAGAUCUGUCUCAAUUAAAUUUUAAUAACAUAAGCCAUAAGUAUUAAGUUAGCCUGGAGCAGUUUUUUUUAGAACGAUAAGGCGGUGCUAUUUUCUG